UUUCGCUUGUUUAUUAGUAUAAUCAAUUAUAAAAUUUUCUGUUACUACUUAGCGUUCAAAGAACUAGAAAUGAAAUAUUUUUCCAGUGUAAAAUCAUACAUUCUAAAAUAUGAGAUAGUCGUUGUUUCAAGUUUAAAAAAAAUGCUCGUUUCCGGUGUGAAGGCAGUUCGAGAAACAUAAGAAAGUGUACAAUUUUCAUUUAUUUUCUGUCGUCAUAUUUAGCCACGGAAACGUGUUGCGUUUGAUGAAAUCUCAUUUAUUUUAUGUUCGUUCGUAGUCGAUCGUGAUCCUUGUUAUAUUACGCGUUGAAAGUGCACGGCGAGGGUGGAAUACCGAGGUGCUUCGUCAUAGACAGUGGAAGGUAGUGCGCCCGGCGUGUGCGAGGCAGUUCAUCUGAAGCCAGCUUCCUGGAAGCCAGUAUCAACAAUUGAUCCCGUUCGUCAGCUCUCGUCCAUUGGGGCGUUACCGUUUUAUAUGACUUUAGCAAGAUAUAAAGAGACAUCAGUACAGUGCGAGGAGAGUAGUCGGUGUGUCGCGACCAGGAGACCGGCCCGCAGCCGUCGAGCGUGCAUGACGCAUACACCUAGAUAUACUGCCCGCAGACCAUCAAAAUUUUGCAGUAACAGGCACCGGAAGCUGCUGCCGUUGCGGCAGACGUGACUGGCGCGCCGCGCGGGAGCGCCGGCCCGGCCGCAUGCCGCCCCGCUGACACCGCUCGCACUCACCCGCACCGCCGCCGCACUCUGCUAGACACGCACACACCACACACACACAACACACACACUGACACACAGGACCGCUACAUUAUUUAACCUGACGUAAACGCGCAGCCUAGUGUUUCGUAGCGAGCGCCAGAACAGAACCGCCCUUCGCCAUGGGGUCGGUCAACGUGAACCGGAACGUGGCGGACGCGUUCUACCGCUACAAGAUGCCGCGCAUCUGCGCGAAGGUCGAGGGCAAGGGCAACGGCAUUAAGACUGUCAUCGUCAACAUGCCUGAGGUCGCCAAGGCGCUCGGCAGACCCGCCACUUAUCCUACUAAGUACUUUGGUUGCGAGCUGGGAGCUCAGACACAGUUUGAUUUUAAGAACGAGCGGUUCAUCGUGAAUGGAAGCCAUGACUCGGCUAAACUGCAGGAUUUGUUAGACGGGUUCAUCCGCAAGUUCGUGUUGUGCCCGGAGUGCGACAACCCGGAGACGGAGCUCAUCGUGUCGACGAAGCGCAACACGAUCUCGCAGGGCUGCAAGGCGUGCGGCUAUCACGGCCAGUUGGACUUCAACCACAAGCUCAACACCUUCAUCCUCAAGAACCCGCCCGCACUCGACCCCAGCCUCCAGGUAUACACGCAGGGCUCAUCGCUGACGGAGGGCGGGCGCGGCAAGCGCUCCAAGCGGUCCGGGCCCGGCGCCGCCGCGCCCAACGGGAACCACGACGCGCAUGAUGACGCCAAGCCGGAGGGCGAGGCGCCUGUCACUCCCACCACUCCUAAUCCCAAGGCCAGCAAGAAGGAGAAGGAAAAGGAGAAAGAAAAGGAUAAGGCGGCCGAUGACGACGACGAUGGUACCUGGACUGUGGAUGUCAGUGAGGCUGCGGUGCGCGCGCGCAUGCAAGAUCUCACCGAGGGCGCCAAGAGCAUGACCGUGUCCGAGGACAGCGAGAAGAACGAAAAGCAGCGCAUGGACCUGUUCUACGCGUACCUGAAGCAGCGCGCCGCCGGCGGGGACGUGGACUCGCCCAAGGCCAUCAACGAGAUCCUGCACGAGGCCGAGCGCCUCGAGGUCAAGUCCAAGGCGCCGCUCGUCAUGCUGGAGGUGCUGGUGCGGCCGCCCAGCAUCGCCGCCGACCUGCGCCGCCACCGCGCGCUGCUGCUGCGCUGCACGCGGGCCGACUCCCGCGCCCAGCGCGCCGUCCUGCACGCGCUCACCGCCAUGUGCGCGCUGCACGCGCCGCUGCUGCCCAAGGUGCCCGGCGUGCUCAAGCUGCUGUACGACGAGGACAUCGUGGAGGAGCGCGCCAUCCUGGAGUGGGCCGCCAAGCCCAGCCGCAAGUACGCCAGCAAGGAGCUGGUGGCCGACGUGCGCCGCCGCGCCGCGCCCUUCCUGGAGUGGCUGCAGCACGCCGAGGAGGACUCCAGCGACGACGACGACGAGCACGACAUCGAGAUCGAGUACGACGACCGCGCCGCCGCCGCGCCCAUCAAGGCCGUGGCCGCGCCCAAGGCCAAGCCCAAGCCGCAGGACGACGACGACCUCGACGUCGACAUCGACGCCAUCUAGGCGCCUCGCCCCCGCCCGCACCCCCCACUAUAUACUUUCACUCGUACCUCUCCUCCUUUUUUAUAUUCGGCUGUAAUUUAUUAGAAGGACACGGACUUAUACUUGUCCGAGUAGAACGCAAUGCAUUUAUUGGGAUUACUGCCUAUCCACCUUCCGUUGGAUUCUUAUUUAUUAGAAAAAAUCGUGUCUCGAAUUUACAUCAAUCUUUUUGAAAUUCUUAACCAGUAGUGAAAGAAUAUAAAUCGUCAUCUCGUUGCGAAACACUGGCUCGGGACCCGCUGACAUUUAAUAUGUAGUUCACCCUAUCUAAAGUACCCUUCCAAAGUAAUUAGAAUAGGUAUAGAUGAAUCCUUUUGUCCCUUACGGGAGGUGUAAAGUUGUUUCACUCCACUAGAUGUAAUCCAAAUUAUUCAAAAUAAUGUAGAAACACCGUUCGUUUAGUUAGCUAUAUGUAUUGAAAAUAAACGUGUUGUGUAUUAAGCCUGUGUGUAUUUACCAUCUACUAUCAUGAGAAAAUUGAUAAAUCUAGAAAUUUACAUCUUAAAUAUAGCACUGCGCUGGUUUCGCGGUGUUGGUACAGAUGAGUUUAAGGCAUAACUUAAUUCUAUCAAAAUAAUAUAUUACUUACGUAUUUGGAGUUAUGGCACUAGGAUUUGAGUGUUAAGUUAUGAUUACUCUGUGGAGGUGAAGAAACAAAUCGUAUAAUUAUAAUAUUUAUAGUAAGGUUUAAAUGAACGGUGAUUCUGAAAUCACUAUAUUCAAAGCUUAUAACUAGGGUGACUGUUUAUAGGAAACUAUAUUUUUUUCUUUUUUCCAUCACUAUAUGUUCCUAUAUAUAGAAUGUUUUUUUUAUAUUGUUUUAAUCAAUUUUUUCCGAUAUAUAUUUUGGGACGCAGUUUUAUAUACAUUGGUGUAACACCGCGCGGUACUGACGAGGAGCGACCGCAGGCCUGAACAUGGCCCCACACCUUACCGUGUCGCUCCUCAGCUCGCUAGAUACGAAUAGUCACAAAACUAAGAUGUGUUAUGUAUGUACCAACAAUAUGAACGAUGCCAAGUCGUUGCACUGUUACUAAGGCAAUAUGAGUUUGUACGAUGUUUAAAUGUAAUAGAAAUUGAUUGAUUUUAGUAUUACAAUUAUAAAAUCGGCAAAUGUUGGGCUGAGUAACUGGCGAUGAAAUAGCGACAGCUACAGUGUAUAGAGCGGUAACUCGGCCCGCGUACUUUUAUAUGUGUAUGUAAUUUAGGUUAGUUUAUUUGUGAUGAGGCCCACUACACGCGCGCGCAGUUCUCAUGUAAUAUAUAGGGAUACGAUCGGCCGCCUCGCGACUGCGACAGACGAGCAAUGUUUCCUCUUACUAUUAACUAUUAUUAAAA